AUGAACCAGAAACAUUUGCUGCGUUUCAUCAAGUCGCGCCUGCGCAACUCACCGGGAGAGAUCGUGAUCUUCCGCGACGGCCGCUUCAUGACGUUGAGCGAGGUAUUCAGGUCUCUGAACCUCACGGGGUACGAUCUGAGCGUCGACACGCUGGAUAUGCACGCAAGCAACACGUUCCACCGCUUCGACCGCUUCAAUCUCAAGUAUAACCCGGCCGGACAGAGUCGUCUGCGUGAGAUCUUCCUCAAGACGGACAAUCUCAUUGCCGGGAAGUACUUGGCUGAGAUCACCAAGGAGGUUAUCUCGGAUCUGCACGCCAGCAAGUAUCAACUCGUGGAGUGGCGCGUCUCGGUCUACGGACGCAAACGCUCGGAGUGGGACAAGCUGGGUCGCUGGAUCUACGUCAACAAACUCACGUCUCCGCACGUCCGCUGGAUGAUCCAGAUCCCAAGACUCUACUUCCUCUACAAGAAACUGGGCGAAGUGGACAACUUCCAGCAGAUGCUGGACUACAUUUUCCUCCCCUUGUUCGAGGUCACUCGUGAACCUUCGAGCAAUCUGCCGCUGCAUUAUUUCCUCGAGACGAUGAUAGGAUUUGACUGUGUAGACGAUGAAAGUAAAGCCGAACCUUUCCGUGCGGAACGAGGCAAGAAGCUGCCAAAGCCCCACGAGUGGACACAUGAGGCCAACCCGCCCUACGACUACUGGUGCUACUAUCUGUACGCCAAUAUCGCUGCUCUGAAUGAGUUCCGUCGCCAGAAGGGCCUCAACAUCUUCUCGUUCCGACCUCAUUGUGGCGAAGCGGGUGACCCGGAUCACUUGGCGGCCGCUUAUCUGACUGCCAACGGUAUCAACCACGGGAUCACGCUGCGUAAGUCUGUGGCCCUGCAGUACUUGUACUACCUCUCACAGAUCGGUAUUGCCAUGUCGCCGCUGAGUAACAACCGCUUGUUCCUGGCCUACCAUCGCAACCCCUUCCCGAUCUACCACGCACGAGGCUUGAAUGUGUCGCUCAGUACCGACGACCCCGUCAUGCUGCACUACACAAAGGAUCCGUUGCUGGAAGAGUACUCGGUGGCUGUGCAGGUGUGGAAGUUGACGUCCACAGACAUGUGCGAGAUUGCUCGCAACUCGGUGCUGCAGUCCGGCUUUGAGCACAAGUUCAAGAAACACUAUCUCGGCCCCAAGUACACGCUGCCCGGAUCGCGUGGCAACGAUAUUCGCAUGACAAACGUACCGGACAUCCGUGUGGACUAUCGCCACGAGACACUCCAGGGCGAGCUAGAGUUCAUCCAGACGUAA